AGGCCGCGCCCACCGCCCUGCGCCCUGCCCCCAGCCGCCACUCCCGCGCCUCCGACUCCGCUGUCCUCCCGGGAUCGGCUUGCGGGGGACCCUCCGCGCAGACGCCAUGGAGUUGGUGUUGAUUUUUCUCUGCGGCCUGCUGGCCCCCACUGUCCUGGCCAGUGCAGCUGAGGAGAAAGAAAAGGAUCCUUUUCAUUAUGACUACCAGACCCUGAGGAUCGGCGGACUGGUGUUUGCUGUGAUCCUGUUCUCCGUUGGGAUUCUCCUGAUCCUCAGUCGCAGGUGCAAAUGCAGUUUCAAUCAGAAGCCCCGGGUACCGGGAGACGAGGAGGCCCAGGUGGAGAAUCUCAUCACCACUAACGCCGCUGAGCCCCAGAAGGCGGAGAACUGAGUGCAGCCUCCAGCAGGAAGCCUCCAGAGCCUGCGGCCAGCCAUCUGGAGAAGAGCUGUGUGUCCCCCGUGCCUCUCCCGUCCCCGCCCAGCCUGCUCACCCCGUGCGUGUCUGUGUUCCUCCCUGUGUCUGCUGUCUGUGGUCUUUGUGGCUACGUGUUUGUGGGUGGUUUUGUAUUCGUGGACCGUGCCGCCCCCCCCCCCCGCCCCCCGUCCUCCGGGCAGGAGCUACGCCAUGCCGCCAUCAGCUUCUCCUGUGAAUUUAGGGGUGAGGGCAGCCUCCCCACUCCACUGUGACCCAAGUCUGUUCAGAAGGUCUCUUAGCAAUUGGAGAUUCCACGCAGGUGCUAGUGAGCUCAGCCUUACGGUUAGGCAGGCUGUUAGGUUUGGCUGUGGUCGUUUUUCCUCUUGGGGCUCCCUCUGUACACCCCUCUAAUGCCCUGGCUCUUUGGGGAGCACCCAGAGAUUUCUGUAGUCCAGGGCCUCCCAGCCCCUUUCCUAUCUUCUGAGCAAUAACUCUGGAGCUCCGCUACCCUGUCUGGACUUAGAGGGCGGGGCAGCGGGGAGAGGAGGAGGGUUGUGGUCAGCCCCCACCGCCUCUCUCUCUGCAUGGCAGCGCGGUGGGAGCCAGGGAGGUGGCGUGGGCUGUAGCAGAACCCCACGGCGCACCUCGGCAGCCCUGGCCAAGAGAGAAGGUCAUGGUUAGAAACUCAAACCAGAUCCCACCCCAGCCUUCCUCUGUGUUCCUGUGGAAAUGAACCCACCCGGGAGAGACCACUCUUCUGUCUUGUGACCCACCCUUCUGACACCAGAAAACAAAUAAAGCCUCAUGGUUCCCAAGUG